AUGGUUUAUUAUUCUGUCUGCGGAGGGAACGUGAACAGCUAUGAUGGUUCCGCUUUAAGCGAUCGCAAUGCUCCUCCAGCUCCAGACUUUUCACUCCUGAAGAGAAUUGCACGAGAUCAACUCAUCUUUCUUCUGGAGGAGCUUCCCGGUAAAAAGGACUUGUUCAUUGACACAGAUUUGAUGAGUCCGCUGGAUCGAAUCGCAAACGUUUCCACGCUCAAGCAACAUGAAGUGGACAAACUGUACAAAGUGGAGCACAAGGCCGUGGUGUCAUCUGCCGAUCAACUGUGUUUCCUCAUCAGGCCGCGGAUUCAGACAGUGCGGUGGAUCUGUGAUCUGGUGAAUUCUGACAAAGCCUCAGGACGAACGAGACGCUACAAGAUCAUCUUCACUCCUCUGAAGUUGUUCUUGUGUGAGUCGAUCCUGGAGGAGCAAGGAGUGUUUGGAGAUGUGUCAUGUGACCAGUGGGACUUCCACCUGUUACCCAUGGACGAUGAUGUCAUCAGUCUGGAGCUGCCAGAGUUCUUCACUCACACCUUUCUGGCCGGGGACCAGCGCUGGGUUCGGACUGUAGGUGGCGCUCUUCACCUCCUUCACUCUCUGUUUGGACCCUUUUCUAAAGUCUACGGCAUCGGACGGAUUUCCAAGAUGGUGUAUGAGUCGUUCCGUUCUCAGCUGCAGCAGGAGGAGACCAGGACGAGAGGAGACGCAGCGAUCGGGAAUGUGUUCAUCAUGGACAGAGACGUGGACCUGGUCACGCCGCUCUGCUCGCAGCUCGUCUACGAGGGUUUAGUGGACGACGUCUUCAGGAUUAAAUGUGGUUGUGUGGAGUUCAGUCCUGAUGUCACUGCGUCUGAGAAAAGCAUCAAAGUCAUGUUGAACUCUCAGGACAAGGUUUUUAAUGAGAUUCGAAACGAACAUUUUUCAAACGUGUUCGGACUUUUGUCUCAGAAAGCACGAGCUCUGCAGACGUCCUAUGACAAACGCAGAGGGAUGGACAUCAAACAGAUGAAGACGUUUGUAUCCGAGGAACUGAAGGGACUGAAACAAGAGCACCGUCUGCUCAGCCUACAUAUCGGGGCGAGUGAGGCCAUGAUGAAGAGGAAGACGAAGCAGGACUUUCAGGAGCUGCUGCGCACAGAACAUUCUUUGCUCGAGGGCUGCGACAUCAGAGAGUGUGUGUCCUUCAUCGAGGAGCACAUCAACAGACAGGUGUCCAAGAUGGAUUCUCUGCGUCUGCUGUGUCUGCUGUCACUCACAGAGAAUGGACUUUUGCCCAAAGAUCUGCGAUCGCUGAAGACGCAGUAUAUACAGUCCUAUGGUUUCGAGCAUCUCCUGACCUUUGCCUCUUUGAAGAACCUGGGUCUGGUCCAGGAGCAGAGUGAGACCCCUGCAGGACAGAGUGAGACCCCUGCAGGUACGACAGUCACUAAACCUCUGGUCCAGGAGCAGAGUGAGACCCCUGCAGGGAAACUGUCCGAGGCUUUUUCAUCUUUGGCCAAAAAGAGUCACUUCAGAGCUUUGAGCCGCAAACUCAACCUGGUCCCUCAGGUCCAGGACUACGACCUCCACGUCCCCAGAGACAUGUCCUACGUCUUCAGUGGAGCUUAUGCCCCACUGAGCUGCAGCCUGAUCCAACAGGUCCUGGAGCGUGGCGGCUGGUCCGGUUUGGAGGAAGUGACUCGACUUUUAAACGGACACGAGUUCAGCGUUACAGGAAACACCUCGGGAUCUGAGGGUCCUGCUCCUCGUCCUGGUCCAGGUUCUGGACCCAGUCUUUCGGACUCCCACAGAAGAGUCCUGGUGGUGUUUUUAGGAGGUUGCACGUUCUCAGAGAUCUCUGCUCUGCGCUUCCUGAGCAAAGAGAAAGGUCUCAGAAUCACUGUUGUUACAACAGCGAUAACCAACAGCAGCCGUCUCCUGGAGAGUCUGAUGAACCAGGACCACGACUCCGUGAAGCUGAUCAAGUUCGCGGACGACACCACCCUCAUUGGACUCGUCUCCAACAACGAUGAGUCCGCCUACAGGAGGGAGGUGGACCGGCUGGUGUCCUGGUGCAGUGGUAACAACCUGGAGCUGAACGCCCAGAAGACAGUGGAGAUGAUUGUGGACUUCAGGAAGAGCACUGUCCCCCCGCCCCCACCCUCCGUGAUGGACUCCCCCAUCACCUCUGUGGAGUCCUUCCGUUUCCUGGGCACCACCAUCACCCAGGACCUCAAGUGGGAGCCGACCAUCAGCUCCCUCAUCAAGAAGGCCCAACAGAGGAUGUACUUCCUGCGGCAGCUCAGGAAAGCCAAGCUGCCUGCACAGAUGUUGGUGCAGUUCUACACGGCCAUCAUCGAGUCCAUCCUCACCUCCUCCAUCACCUCCUCCAUCACCUCCUCCAUCACCGUGUGGUUCGCUGGAGCCACAUCUCACACACGCGGGCGGUGCUCCGUCUGCCUCACUGUGACCCCGCCCCUGUCUGCUGCCCUCGCCACAGUACACGUUCUCCCACAACAGCCAAUCAGAGGCCGCCCUUCAGACUGCGUGAUUUGGUUUUUCCCUGAUGAUUUCUGCGUUUUGAAGCGGGACAUGAGGAAGAGUGAGGUUGUUGCCGAGGAGACCGUGUCGUGCCUGAACUUGGCUCUGAUUCGACUCAAAGAUGUUUGGGAAGAAAUCGGGAUUUCAGAAGAACAGAGACUGGAGCGGACUGACUCUGUGAGAGAGCACAUUAAGACCCUGCAGACACCACUCAGACCUCAGACCCUGCAGACUCCACUCAGACCUCAGACCCUGCAGACUCCACUCAGACCUCAGACCCUGCAGACUCCACUCAGACCCUGCAGACUCCACUCAGACCUCAGACCCUGCAGACUCCGCUCAGACCCCGCAGACUCCGCUCAGACCUCAGACCCCGCAGACUCCGCUCAGACCUCAGACCCUGCAGACUCCGCUCAGACCUCAGACCCUGCAGACUCCACUCAGACCUCAGACCCUGCAGACUCCGCUCAGACCUCAGACCCUGCAGACUCCGCUCAGACCUCAGACCCUGCAGACUCCGCUCAGACCUCUCUUUCUGUGGUUCAGACACUGUUGGACAUGAUGAUCUCUGAAGAACUUCGUCUAAAACUUCGUUUGGAGAAAAGCGUUGAAUCGAGUCGACGAGAAAUUAACAAUGUGUGUUCAGAACUGCAGCUCUGCCCCCCAGAGGAGGACUCUGGCCUGAGCCUCCUCCAGGCUGAGCAGGACCUCCGCACCACACUGGACUACCUCCUGAAGGAGAAGAACCAGAGACUUGAGCAGCUCCAAGAUCUGCUCCACCAGGACCAGGAGCUGUGCCGAGUCCUAGGAACAUGUCCAAGCAACAUGUCCACCAGAGAAGUCCCAACUCUGCGGACUCUGGAGGAUCUGACAGAGCAUGUGAGGAGCCAGAGAGAGGAGAAGAGCCGACGUGAGCUUCUCUUCAGGACUCUCAAAGACCAAAUCCAAGACCUGAUGUGGGACUUAAACCAGAGACCAGACCCAGACCUGGACUCAAACCAGUUCUGUUUGAGCUCAGAGAGACUGGAGGCUCUGGGACUUCAGCUGGAGCAGCUGCAGAGUCGUAGAUCUUCGCUCCAGCAGCAGAACAAACAGAUCCAGGAUCAGAUCCAGAGUCUGUGUGAGAAACUGAAGAUUAGUGCGAACGAGAGAGAGGAGGCCACCAAGGUCCCAGAGGGAACCAGCCUCAUGCAGACUGUGAUGCAUAUGGACCUGGAGCUGCAGCGUCUCACUCGGUUAAAAUGUGAAAAGCUGAAAUCUGUUUGUGACGAAGUUCGAGCUCAAAUCUCAGAGUUUUGGGAAAAAUGUUUCUGCAGCGAAGAAGAAAGACUCGGAUUCACAGCCUUUUACUGUGACCAGGUCUCAGAUCAGGUGUUGGAGGUCCUGGAGGCGGAGCUUCAACGUCUUAAACAUUUUUAUGAACGACAUCGACCAAUAAUAGACGACGUCCGCAAGUGGAUCGACCAAUGGGAGCAGUACAUCCUGCUGGAGACAAAGGCCUCAGAUGUUUCCAGGUUUAAAAAUCGAGGCGGAAAUCUGCUGAAAGAAGAAAAGCAGAAAAGUGACCUCAGCAAGAACCUCAACAAGCUGGAACGCUCACUCCGGACACAGAUCUCGCUCUGGGAGGAACAACAACACUCUGAGUUUCUGGUCAAAGGAUCAAACUUCCUCCAGUUUGUGGAGCAGCAGUGGAACCAGUUGCACGAGCAGCGAGAGCGCGAGAGAGAGGAGAGGUUGCUGAGAAAAGCUCGUCAGACUGAGGAGGACAUGUUGUACGGUACUGUGCGCACGCCGACCAAGCGCCGCUUCAUAGGCUCCGCCCACAGAAGCCCUGCCCUCGGAAUCCUUACCCACAGAAGCCCCGCCCUCAGAGGUCCAGCCCUCAGGAGCCAGAGCCCCAAGAGCCUCAGCCAGACCAGGAGGACUCCGAUCAGCGGAUGCAGUCUCUCCACCAAUAGCACACUACGAUCUGUGAGGGGCGGGGUUAGCCCUAGGCCCCGCCCUUCCAUACGCCCCGCCCACCAGUUGGGCCGACCUGUCAUGUCUAAACCUGGACUGAACCAAGAUCCUCAAGGGACCAAACCUGGACUGGACCAGGACCUGCUGGGCUCUGUGGCCUCAUACUCACGGUUCAUGAACGACCUGACCAACAGAGGGCAGCAGCGAGUCCUCAGCUCCUCAGACAUUUAA